AUCAGAAGUUCUGAUUUGUGAGGGGUUCAAUUACUCUCUCUAAUGUUUUCAUAAUCUCAAGAGUACUUAUCUUCUACAAAAGUUACGAUGCAUUCGUUGAUGCUUUCAUCAAAAUUGGCCGAAGUUCUGAUCUAUAGUGGAAAAACAGCAAGGAGUUUUCCACUAUGCAAAGCAUUCGUUUCAACGUCAAGGCCCUUACAGGGAAAAGAAGAGGCAGAGCAAUGCCAAAAGGUGAAAGAAGCAGCAGAGGCGGUGAAGGAAGGAGCACAGGCGGUAAAAGAAACCACCGAGUAUAUCCAAGAUGUCGCUUCUACUACGGCUAACCGUGUGAGUAAGAUGACAAAGGAUGUGACCGAGAAAGUUACUGAGACAACGGAUUCUAUCACUGAGAAAGCUAAAGGAUCUGUAUCUGGAGUUUUGGGCACAGCCAAAAACGCUACUGAUAUCAUCAAAAAUAAAAUUCUUGGUGGUGAUUAGUUAUACUUAUAUAAAUAUUUAAUAUGUUUACUUAUGUUUCAAUAAAAUUAGUAGUAUUCAAAAUAUUUGUAAACUUUAUUUGGCAACGAAUGCUUCAAUGAUAUUUCUGACUAUUUGGGUUUUUUUUUUGAGCUGUACGAGAUGAAACUUUCAUAUACAGUUCUACGAGUAUUCAGGAAAUGAACUGUUUAUCCAACGAUAAACCUAAUUCAAUUACAGAACUAUAAGAUUUUUAAUAUAAAUCAUAACCGUCUAACUUUGGUUUAUUUUCUUAUACUAGUUUCGUUUCUUAAAAGCUGAAAAAUUAGAAAGCUGAACUCAUAUAUUUAAAUAAUGGAAACCAAACCAAAUAUUUUUUAUAGAUUAUCUGACCAUCUUUAAUCUACCUCAGCUUUUGUAGCAUAAUAAUGCAAAUACGAUGUAUUGUGUCUUGAAAGAUGAUUGAUACUUGUGUUGGAAGGAAGAAUGAAAUGACUUAUUUUAAUUGAUUUGGUUGAGUAAAGCUGUAAAGGUAAUUACUUUUUAGAAAUGGUUAAUGUGUUAUCCAUCGCUGUACGAUCAUUCAAUGUUAAAUUGUUAAGUGAUACUAGAUCAAUAUUUAUGUUCCACAGAGUUGUUAUAAACGUAAUUUUUCUUUACAUAUAUAUAUAGAGAAUUUUACACAUAUCUAGGAUUAUUAAAAGCCUAUAUCGCUUUAAGUUGUAGACAAUAUAUGGUCCCCUAACUCAUCUGUUAAUUAGUUGUAAAUAAUCAUAAUUAGUCUCAACAAAAUCCUAUGAUGGUGAAAAUAAAAGGUUAUCAUUAUCUGUCGGAACAUUUUGUCUGUGAUUUUGAUACUUCUUUUUGUCAUGUGUAAGCACAUGGAGCCGAUUAAGCGUGUUUAAGCUUCUCUUGCUUUUCAUGUUAAGGAUCAACUUUCCAAUGCAAAAAGCCAAAUAAAAAAUAGAUAUGUUAAUUUUUCUUCCCAACAAAAGAUAUGCUUUUAAAAGAAAAAGGAAUACGUGUUAAUCAAUACUUAUAAUAUGGGUUUAAUACACAAAAGUAGACUAAGUUUAGGAUUAAUAUAAAUUCACUAAAACCAUCUCUAAUGUAAUUCUCUAUUUUUACCUCUAAAAUAGAAGAACUCUAUAAUAGAAGUGGUUUUUAUUCCAAUGUAUUUCUCUAAAAUUGAGAUCUCUACAUAUAGAGCAAAAUAUAGAGGAAUGUUAUUUCUUCCUCUAUAAAUAGACGAGAAAAUAGCAAUCCCUAUUUUAGAGGCAAAAAUAGAAAUGAGUUGGAGUGGUUUUGCCUCUAAAUGCUAUUAUACAGGUAGAAAUAGAAGUGGGUUGAAGAUGCUCUAACAGGCUAUCACGGUCUCUAUAAUUUUAUAAUGCAUACUACUAUUCACUAGCGUUUUUGAUAAUUUAUUUCUUAUGAUGCUUGUUGCAUAAGCAAUUUGAAUAUGAUAUUUUUUCCUAAAGGUUAAUGUGGUUGGAAGGCAAAACGGUAAAACAUUUGCGGGUGAUAGUCUGAUAGAUAGCUGGGUAUUCGAAUCUGUCGCAAUUAAAGCUUUUCUAGUGUUGUCAAAAUAACAGUAAUGUAAAGUUUUUAUAAACCGCCAAUUAGUAUUGGUUGCUUGCUUCUAAAGCUAAAAUGUACCAAUCAUGACAAGUUACAACAACAUGGUGGGAAAAAGCUAACAAAUCCAGCAAACAAAGAAAAGUAGAAAGUUUCACAAAUCAUUUAGACCCUAUAUUAAAUUAUAAACCUCAAGAAAUACACGAAAGAUACGAAAAGACAGCAUAUUCUUGUUUUUUUUCUUGGUAAUGACAGAGACAAUGGAAGAACAACCUGAGUUUAUCAGACAGAACCAACAACACUUCGGGACUUUCUCUUUUACAUGAAAGGUUGUUUUUCCCCCUUUACUUGUGUUAACUUGCGGUUGAAGCAAGCAAACCCGAGGUUGAGAAAAAUCGAUACAAAACACACA